UUUUUUUUCAGUCGGCGAAAUUGUGGAGAGAGAGAAACUCACAGCAAUGGUGUUUCAAUGUCAGAGAGAUAGUUUCCAAAAGGAAUACACGACGAAGGUCGAAAGCAUCGAAAAGACUGAAAAUGGAUCAAUUGAAGUUACUUUUGCUGAUACUGUUUUCUUUCCUGAAGGUGGCGGACAGCCAAACGAUGAAGGAUUAUUCACAAAGUCAACUGAUCAGCAAGAAUUUAAAGUGAAAAAUGUGAUCCGAAGAGGACCUAAAGCUAUUCAUAUUCUAAGUGAUGACAAUGAUCCUUUAGCUAAUCUCAAAGUGAACGAUGAAGUUGCUCAGAAGAUUAACUGGGAACGUCGGUACGAUCACAUGCAGCAACAUUCAGCUCAGCAUUUGAUAACUGCACUGUUUGAAAGGGAAUGUAAUUAUAAUACUAAAGCUUGGUGGCUAGGAACUGACUCAAGCUACAUUGAACUCGACGGUGACGUCAAAACACCAGAAAUGCAAAAGAUUGAGAAACUCUGCAAUGACUACAUAUCACAAGCAAUUCCCGUCAAUCUUGCAAUCUUUGAGAAACCAGAAGACGCUGGUGAUGAAGUAACUCGUGCAUCUCGUGGUCUUCCUGUUGACCUAUCAGGUCCCAUUCGAGUCAUUAAGAUUGAAGGAAUUGAUUCGAACAUGUGCUGUGGAACUCAUGUCAAGAAUUUAGCACAGCUGCAAGUUAUCAAGCUGAUGAGCAUUGAGAAAGGAAAAGGAAAAGUUUUGGUGCACUUUUUGGCUGGCAAUCGAGUUAUUCAGAAGCUUGAUGAUGCUUACCAGAGGGAGAUGGACUUGAAUGUGCUGCUGAAUGGUGGACCUGAUUACCACAAAGAUCUCAUCAAAAAACUCCAAACAACAGGCAAAAAUUCUCAAAAGACAAUUCAGAAAUUAUCUCGUGAGCUAGCAGCAAUCCUAGCCCAACAAGUAAACGACCAACCAAAUCCAAAGCCUUAUUACUUCCUUCAUCGCAGCGACGGCGUUGAAAUUGACUUUGCAAACACAUUUUUGAGAAACGCAAAGCCAAAAAGUCAAAUUUUCUUCUUCAUCACAAUUUCUGAUGGAAUUGAUUCAAAAAGUGGAAGUUUAGUGCUGCAGGGAAGUCCAGAGGAUGUUGAUGCACUGGGCGGUGAAAUAACUAAGAUUCUGGAUGGCAAAGGAAAUGGAAAGAAUGGAAGAUUCAAUGCGAAAGUCACUAAAUUGAACAAAUUGAAGGAAUGUGAAGCUUUUGUGAAGAAAUAUUUUGAAAAUAAAUAAAAUUGAAAUUUGUGAUUUAA